AUGUGCCUGUGCCUGGAACGUUUCAUUGCAAGGAGAUCGAGAGCCCUUGCUUCCUGUGACCGGAGAGUCCGCGGGGGCCCGGGACGGCAGCGCGCACGCGCGACACUGACUGGAGGGGGCGCGGCGCCGGGGGCGCGAGAUUGGGAAUGUUCCCGAGCCAUAGAAGCUUGUUAUUCCAGGAAGACUACAGUGUCUGAGGACCUGUCUGUGGACUCUGCUCAGAAGAAGUGGAAAGGUCCAGCCCUCAGCAGAGCCCUGCACCAGAACAUGAUGCCAGAAAACCACCACAGUAUGGCCGCUCUGGCAGGUAGAAACAUGGAGGAGAGUUCAGAACUGACUCCAGAGCAGGACCUAUCUAAAGGAUUGGAGUCAUCUGAUAGGAUGUCAGGGGGACUGUUUGGGGUAGUUCCUGGGGGACGGGAACCUGAAGCUGCCUGUGGAGAUACUUUAGAGAAGCUAGAAGGGCAGCCUUCAAGUGAAGAAGGGAGCAGACUGCAAAGUGAUUUCUUCAAAAUAAGACACAAAGAUAAGGAAAAAUCCACAGAUGAUACAUGUGAGGGUUAUAAGGAAGCAGAGGAACGUGGGAAGCUGACCUCCAGUUUGGUUGAACAUCAAGGAGGCCUGAAGGGACAGAAGUUCUACCAGUGUAAUGAAUGUGGCAAAUUCUUUAGUUGGCGUUCCCACCUCAUUGGCCACCAGAGAAUCCACACGGGAGAGAAACCCUAUGCAUGUAAUGAGUGUGGGAAGACCUUCAGGCAGAGCUCUCAGCUCAUUGUUCACCUCAGAACCCACACAGGGGAAAAACCCUAUGAAUGCCGGGAGUGCGGGAAGACCUAUCGGCACAGCUCCCAUCUCAUUCAACACCAGAGACUCCACAAUGGGGAGAAACCUUAUAAAUGCAGUGAAUGUGCAAAAGCGUUUAAUCAGAGUUCCAAACUCUUGGAUCAUCAGAGGACCCAUACUGGGGAGAAACCUUAUGAAUGCAAGGAGUGUGGAGCAGCUUUUGGUCGUGGUAAAAAUCUUGCGCGGCACCAAGUCCUUCACACUGGUAAGAAACCUUACAAGUGUAAUGAGUGUGGGAAGGCUUUUUGUUCCAGCAGAAAUCUUACUGACCAUCAAAGAAUCCACACCGGGGAGAAGCCUUACCAGUGUAAUGAAUGUGGCAAGGCCUUCAGUCGGCGUAAAUGUCUCAUUCGUCACCAGGGCCUCCAUACUGGGGAUCGACCAUACACAUGUAGUGAAUGUGGCAAAGCCUUCAGCCAGAUCUCUCAGCUUGUUGACCAUGAGCGAAUGCAUACUGGAGAGAAACCUUUUGAAUGUGGCGAGUGUGGGAGGGCAUUCAGUCUGAGUAAAUGCCUUAUUCGGCACCAGAGACUUCACUCAGGUGAAAAGCCCUAUAAAUGCAGAGAGUGUGGAAAAUCCUUCAGUCAGAACUCUCACCUCAUCAUACACCAGAGAAUUCACACAGGCGAGAAGCCCUAUGACUGUAAGGAGUGUGGGAGGGUCUUCAGUUACAGCUCCAGCCUUAUGGUACAUCAGAGAACUCAUACCGGGGAAAAGCCUUAUAGGUGCAAUGAUUGUGGGAAAGCAUUUAGUGACAACUCACAGCUUAUUGUACACCAGAGAGUUCACACUGGAGAGAAACCCUAUGAAUGUAUUGAGUGUGGGAAAGCCUUCAGUCAGCGUUCCACCUUCAAUUAUCACCAGCAAACUCACACUGGAGAGAAACUCUCAGGUCUGGCUCAGUAGUUUUCUAAAGCCUAGUUCUUUGAGAGAGGGAGCAAAAAUAUUGAGUUAAUCUUUCUUUGUAAGUAAGAUGCUCACACUGUUUCUCUUGGAACCACUAAUCAAAAUGGAUCAUUCUCUUAAUUCUUUCUUUUGCAGCACCAACGUUAGUACAGUUCUUCCCUGUUAUUGGGAAAGUAAGGACUACACAUUUUAUUUACUCAUAAGUCUCUUUCUGUUUUUUCAUCAUUUAAAAAUCUCAUUUAUUAGCAUUCAUUCCAUAAUCAGAUUAUGUUUCUGUUUUUAAACAAACUUUUUUUUUUUUUUUUUUAAAGCAGAAUGACAGAAAGGGAACAGAAGAGAGAGCGAGUGAGCAAGUGAGCUUCUAUCUCUGUUUCACUUUCCAAAUGCCUGCAAGAUUUAGGGCUGGACCAGGUCAAAGCCCAGAGCCUAGAACUCCAUCGAAGUCUAGUACUGGGACCAUCAUGUGCUGUCACCUGGAGUCAUUAGCUGGAAGCAGAAUCAGAGUUGGAGGUGGACUCAACCCCAGGCAUUCUGAUAUGGGAUUCAGGCUUCUCCAGGGCAGCUUAAUCUACUGUCCUAGAUUGAGUAUUUCUGAAGUGCAUUGAUCAUAGCUUUAUUCAAUUGCAUCUACUCUGUGUACAUAAGUCAUUUCACAAGACCCUUCUGUAGGGCAAAUUUUAUGUCAUGUUAAACUUAUCACUUCUUCUUACCUAGGACCCUCCACAUCUACUUUUUUUUUUUUUUGACAGGCGGAGUGGACAGUGAGAGAGAGAGACAGAGAGAAAGGUCUUCCUUUGCCGUUGGUUCACCCUCCAAUGGCCGCCGCGCUGCGGCCGGCACACCGCGCUGAUCCGAAGGCAAGAGCCAGGUGCUUCUCCUGGUCUCCCAUGAGGUGCAGGGCCCAAGCACUUGGGCCAUCCUCCACUGCCCUCCCAGGCCAUAGCAGAGAACUGGCCUGGUAGAGGGGCAACCGGGACAGAAUCUGGCGCCCCGACUGGGACUAGAACCCGGUGUGCCGGCGCCGCAGAAGGAGGAUGAGCCUAUUGAGCUGCGGCACCGGCCUUUCCACAUCUACUUUUUAAGCUUAAUGGUAAUCUAUUAACUUCUCAUUUCUUAUAUUCCCUACUUAGAAAACCUCUAUGAGUGAUCUGUUUUCCUCUCAAGUUCAAAAUCUGUCUAAUUUCUGAAAGACUUUCUUUUUUCAGAUGUUGAUUCUUCUUAAACCUCUAUUGAUUGGACCUCAGUUAUUCAAAUUAGCUGGUGCUUUUGUAUGCAUCUGUUAAGUUGCCUUGUUAAUUGCUCUUAAUGAGGAUACUAUUAUACCAACUUGCAGUCUCUUUUGAGUUUGGUGAAGGUAUCUUUUCUUUUAAUAUAUAAAUAAUAGUUUGAUCACUCAUCCUUAAAUGAUUUCUUAAACUUUAUUUUCUUCUCCCAUAUUUACUGGACUAGAAACUUUGAAAGAAGUGGCAUCUCAUCAUAGGAUAUUGUUACUGGCUUUGCCGUGGCCCAGCCCUGGGUUUUGCAGACAUUUGGGGAGUAGAUGGAACAUUUCUUUUUCUCUUGCUCUGCCUUUCAAAUAUAUAAAAAUGAGCCUAUCUUAAAAAUAUUCAGAUAGACUUUUUUCUUUUUAACUCUUUUUACUUUGGGAGCUACCAGAUACCAGGGAAGAGUCCAACUCUAUAUCAGCAUGUGGAUGCAGCCCAGCACCUUGACUUAGAUAUUUCUGGUCAGGUUUUCGUUAGCCUCACACUGCCUGUUGGAUGCUCUGUUUUACCUUUUGGUACUUAUCUGCUCAUGUUCUUCUAUAAGAUUCUGGAGAGUGGGAACCAGCAUUAUUCAAAUGGCUACCAGGCUGGGGUAGGUACUUGGUAAAAAUGAAUGCCCUGGCAUUCUGAGAAAGCCAGACACUCUGAGGGAGUAAAAAAUGGCUGCAUUUGAAAGCUGUACCUCAGUUCCUGUUGGUAAUUGCUAUUAUAAACAAAAUUACUUUUAAAGAAAUUAUAUGUAGAGCCAGUGACCUUGAUAAAUAUAUAUCAUUUUAAUAGUUUAUUUCAUAUCCUGGGUCUGUUUAUAAAAUGAUUUGUUUAAUCUCUAUUGCCAAUCUUAUGCCACUUUUGUUUACAUUUGCCAAAACAUCAAACAGUGUUUGUUUCAUAGUGGAUUACCUGCAUUCCAUGUCUUAUUCCCAGUAGGGGAAUGUUUUUAGUGUUUUGCAGUUUCAUAUGGUGUUCAUUAUUGGGUUCUGAUAAAUAGGCCAUUGUAUUUAGGAAGUUUCCUUUUAUUCUUAUUCCUGUUUUUAGAAGAAGCAUUUUAUUAUAGUGGUUAUGAGCACACAAUUUGUAGUCAAAUCUUGUCUCUACCACUUUGCUAAGUUUAUGACUGUGAGCAAAUCACUUAGCUUCUUUGGGUCUCAGUUCUAUGAGCUAUCUCAGGGUUGUGAAAACUCAAGUUGAAUAUUUAUAAGGUACUUAAAAACUGUACUUAGAACACAGUACACACUAUGGCAAUUAGAGUUUUUUUUUAAUUAGGAAUGAUUGCUAAGUACCAUCAAGUCUUCAGAAUUUGUGGUAAUUUUAUGAGCUCUCUACUUUUUUGUAAUAGAAUUUGUUAACAACUUUGCUAAUAAUUGAAAUGUCUAUACUUCUUGAAUAAAAUAUACUCCUGGUGA